GUCCCUGUAGAGGUAUCCAUUCCCUUGUGGCAAGCUCAAGGAAUGUCAUGGUCAUGGUGAGUGAUCAAAUGACCCAGCGUCGAUGAUGACCGAAGGAUGCCGCACGUGUUCCACCGUCGCCCCCGCUUGGAUAUGAGGACACCCGCAUACGCUCCGCAUCGACUGGCUGAGCUGGACUGCGUCACGCCCGAUGACUGGCGCCUGGCCAUGUCUUCACUCCUUGGGCCGACCAACGCACAUCACUCAAAUACUUGAGGCCGACUCGUUGGACGGCCCACGACCGAUAUACAGCAGUGGGAGAACGGCGUUCUCCAAUAAACGGCAUCUGAAGCAGCUUCGGUCGCGGUCAUGUGCUCACGGGCGCAAAUGAAGCUACCUUGUCCCGUUUUGUAUCGGUGUUUGUGUACUUGACAACCUGCAACGUACUUUUGUGAAGCAAUGCCGUACAUACUGUGCUCAUUGCUCAGGCCUCGCAUGCACCUUUUGGCCGUUCUUGCCCUCGUUUACUCCCGUCCCUUGUCGCCCUCUGCAUAACCUUCCUUCGUGCUGCUCUGGUCAGCGGCUGACACUGCCAGGUUGUUUUGUCAACUACUUGUUCGGUUACUCGAGAAGCAAAAAUGGAGUUGUGCAGAACGCCUCUAGGAGACAAGUCUCCCAACGCAAACUUGCCAUCAUUACCCGGAACGUCCUCAGAUGCCGCGAAACUGCGCCGCAGAGCCGCAAUGAGGAUUCCCCCUCGGCACAACCCGCGAGCAUCGGGAUGCGCGUAUUCGGAUGCCGAAUAUCGUCAUGGCAUAGCACCCGUACCCGCACUUGCACCUGCGGACGCUGGAAUUCUUGGUCCCGUCCCUGGGCUGAACUCAUUCUCCGCGUCAUUUGCGUUGUCGGAAUUGGAACUGCAAUGGAAUCAUUCACAUGGUCGCCGUAUAUCUUCCCUCUCCUUCAGGACGCUAUCGACCGUAACGUCGUUCCAAGCAGUGUCAGGCCCUUCAUCACCCUUGCCAUCGCCAUCGUCGCAUGCGAUAUCCGCAAGCAGGCGCAGCUUCUCUUCUAUAGCCAGCACCCCGAGAUCGCCUAUCCGCAUCUCUCGGAAUCCUUACGAGCCCUGGCCGGCUUCCGUCCGGUCGCGCGUUCUCACCUCGGCGCUUACCGCCACCUCGCGAUCCAUCUUAGCCGCCCAUCGUCGUCGGCGGUCCAGCAUGGCGUCAAACGUCAGUCGAUACUCGCGCCCAUACUCGCGAAGUGGCGCGAGAGCACCCGAGCCCACGCAAUCGUGCGUAGUCGUUUCCGGGCAAGGCAUCGCACCCAGGGAAGUUCAAAGUCCCAGUCCCGUCCCGAGAUCUCGUCGACGUGGCGUUGUCGGCAUCGUCAAAUACAGCUUGCACGGCGUUGCAAGCAGUAUUCGCAGGCUUCGGUUGAAGACCCGCACUGCCCGCAUGUUCUGCUUCUCUGGCUCGCGUCCGGCAUCCGUGUGUACCAACCUCACAUUUUCGUCGUCCAAUGUGCCUUCCGAACUCCGUUCGUCGUUGAUCAACUCCCCCAUACCACUACCGAGUCUCCGCAAUUCGUUCUCGGAAUCGUGGGUUGAUUCGUUGUCGAUUCGCUCAGCCGGAAGCUCGGCCCUGGAGAUCUGGCUAGAAAACAGGCGCCGUUCGCUGCAACAGUUCGAAGCGGAGGCGGAGGGAAAGGGGGCCUUGAUGAACCUGGAAGAGUACGAGAGGAGGGGGAGCUGGGUGGCGAACGCUAGGGCGACGCAAGGCCCUAGCGGGACCCAGUGGCUUUGCGGGAUACCCGAAUGCGGUACGCAUGAGCACAGGACUGCCUCUCCGCCUGCGCAUUGGGAAACAUGACUGCGAACUCGCUGUAGUUCGCUAGAAUAGGGCAUCGUACUCCGAUAUUACGGAUUUUGCCUUGCACUCCCAGUACCCUACCAUGUGUCCUAAUUCCUCCUGAUUGUCUGUAGAACAGCACUGUACCAUGAUCAUCACUCCUUAUUAUUGUCUUAACCAAUGCAGUCCUCGCCUGUACACCGCCAGUUUAUAGCAGAUAUAGCUUUGGUCAAUAUUUU